AUGAGAUUGUUGAGGAGACUGGCCUUCUUGGAAAGCCAAACCAAACUGGCGACUGCGGUAGAGACGUACAACUUCGCCAAGGAUAUCCCGCAAUCAGUUACACGCACACACUGGAAUCUCUACCAGGCCGUCAACUCAGCCAUCGAUAUUGCUCUGGAGACAGACCCCACGUAUUUCUGCCCAUAAUCCAGAACUAAGGUGUUCGGCGAGGACGUGAAGUUCGGAGGAGUGUUCCGCUGCACCCACGGUCUCUGCGAGCGUUACGGAGUGGACCGAGUUUUCAACACCCCCCUUUCCGAGCAGGGAAUUCUGGGAUUUGCGAUCGGACUGGCAGUGUCGGGCCACACCACCAUCGCCGAGAUCCAGUUCGGCGACUACAUCUUCCCAGCCUUCGACCAGAUCGUCAACGAGGCAGCCAAGUACAGGUAUCGCUCUGGAGGCCAGUUCGAGUGUGGAUCGCUGACCAUCAGGGCCACUUGGGGAGCUGUCGGCCACGGCGCCCUCUAUCACUCGCAAUCCCCCUAAGCCUACUUCGCACACACUCCGGGACUGAAGGUGGUGGUUCCUAGAGAUCCCAUCCAAGCAAAGGGACUUCUACUCGCCUCCAUCAGGGAUCCUAACCCUGUCCUAUUCUUUGAACCUAAGGCACUCUAUCGUAAAUCGGGAGACCUCGUGCCUGUGGGAGACUACAACUUGGCUCUUGAGAAAGCAGAAGUGCUCAACGAGGGCAAGGACAUCACUCUAAUCGGAUACGGCAACCUCAUGAAGACCCUCUAGACAGUGCGCACCAUGGCGGAGAAGGACGGCAUUUCCUGCGAAAUCAUCGACCUGCAGACCAUCUACCCCUACGACUCCGAGACACUGGUGAGGUCAGUCAGCAAGACCGGCAGGUGCAUCAUCACCCACGAGGCGCCCAGCACCUGCGGCAUCGGCGGCGAGAUCUCGGCGAUGCUGCAGGAGAAGUGCUUCCUGUCGUUGCGCGCCCCCAUCUCGAGAGUGACCGGCUACGACACCCCCUUCCCGCUGGUGCAGGAACCGCUCUACCUGCCCACCGAGUGGAAGAUCUACGACAAGGUCAAGAAGCUCAUGAAUUAUUGA